GUGUUCCAACUGUUAACCAUGCGUCAAAGCUUUUUCACAAUGUCCCACACGUUUCAUGUUACAAAUGAGGCCUGCUAUUAAGUACUACGCGCGGUUAGGUAUAUCAAACCAGAAAUAUGACCUGCUCCAUUCCCAGGGCGAUGCGGUUCCCACCAUUGGCUACAGCCAAGAUAGAUGCACCAGUUAGACGGUGAUACAGUCUCGUCAUACAGGGCACGACAAAGACACUCUGUACGUUCGUAUAGUGAUAGCCUAAUAAAGUAAGAGUAUGACUCUGGCUUUCAGGAGACCGCAAAUCCUAGCGGAGAAGACCUGUUCAUCGGAAUGGUUGGUGGCCGAUCACAGUCCCACACUGAGCCCUAGCAUACGUCAACCUAAAUCUCUUUAAUGUGAGCUGAGGUCACUCGCCCCAGGGUCCAGGCGCACUCCACGAAACUGACCUCCAACGAUCUCAUCGCUCGUGCAGUCGACACAAAUGACCGGUUCUUCCCCAGGAAAAUUAUCCCCGUUUGUACUUUGAUUUCUUCCGGGCUCUUUUCCUAUCCUCUCCUUACCUCAAAGCAGAUAUGCUUCUAAUAUCAAUACUCUCGAUACUCACGUUUCUUUGCUCUGUGCCUGUCUCUGCUUCGCGAGUAAUCAAAUCCAACUCUUUAGACCUAUGUACCGACAACAAGAACUUUACAGCUACAUUUUUCAACGUAACGUUUACACCGGAUGACCGUCUCCUCUCCAUAGGUUUCAACGGCACGGUAGCUAUCUCCGGAAAUGUGGUGGCGGACCUUUCGUUGACGGCCUACGGCAAAGAGGUCAUCACGAAGACACUGGACCCAUGCCAAAUGAAGGAACAGCGCCUGUGUCCCAUGAACAUUGGCAAGCUUGAGAUUCCGGCUAUCCAGACGACUUUGCCGCAGUCCGUUAUCAGCCAAGUUCCGAACGUUGCAUACACCGUGCCUGAUCUCGACGCAUCUGUCCGCGUCUACAUUAAUUCCACAGAUACGGGGGCUCCCAUUGCCUGCAUGGAAGCUAGCCUCUCCAAUAGCAAAUCUGUAUACCAACAGGCAGUAGGGUGGGUCAUAGCGCUGGUCAUCGGUCUGGGUCUGGCAUCCUCCGGGAUUGCAUCGAUACUAGGAUAUUCACAUGCUGCAUUGCAUGUCGCAGCUAAAUCGCUUGCGCUUUUUGGCUUCGUGCAGUCUCAAGCCAUUCUCGGCAUGACCAGUGUCCACAUGCCCCCGAUCGUGGAGUCCUGGACUCAGAACUUCCAGUGGAGCAUGGGCAUUAUGCAUCUAGGCUUUAUUCAAAAGAUUGCCAAUUGGUAUCUUCGGGCCACGGGCGGCACUUCAUCGACCUUACUGUCUGACCUUGAAAAUACGUCCGUCAAUGUACUCAAGCGGAAACGAUCGUUGAAUUUCGGCGCAGGCGCAUUGAUGAAGAGAGAGUCUGGAGAAGGCGCAGCGCCCGACGGAUCUAAAACUAUCUAUGGCAUCGUACGUGUUGGCUUCAAGGCCAGCAUUGAGCGGACGGAUAUUUUUAUGACCGGGUUCAUCUUCAUCAUUGUCUUUAUCGGAUUCACGAUGCUGAUUGUAGGAUUGGUCCGGCUUGUCUCUGGUCUUCUUGCAAAAUCCGGGAAAACGGACAGUACUAAGAUGGACAGCAGCACAUGGGCAGUCACAAUGAAAGGCAUCCUGCUCCGCCUGAUCCUCAUGUGUUAUCCCGCAGUAUGCGUUCUCUGUCUCUGGGAAUUUGCCAGUCAUGAUUCCCCCGCCGAGGUAAUCCUAGCCGUUGUCAUGCUUCUGUCGACGACUGCUAUACUAGUCAUGGCAGCUAUACGCAUCAUACGCAAGGCAAGGCGCUCGGUUGAGGUAUACAAGAGCUCAGCCUUUAUGCUACAGAACGAUACUGUGUUUUUGAAUAAAUGGGGCUUCCUAUACGCACACCACCGCUCCCCGGCAUACUACUUCUUCACGCUAAUGGUGGUGUAUAUCUUCGUGAAGGGCAUCUUCGUCGCGCUAUGCCAGCCUUCAUCAUCCGUUCAGAUUGCGGCGCUGUUUGUCAUUGAGGUUCUCAUGCUGGUCGCAGUCUGCGUUAUUCGGCCGUGGAUGGACAAGAAGACCAACAUCAUGAAUAUCAGCGUCACAUCCAUCAAUUUCCUCAACACUCUUCUACUCCUGAUAUUCAACUUCCGAGAGCGCGACAUGGCCACGAGUAUCCUGGGCGUUAUCCUGUUCGUCUACAAUGCCAUCCUCACCCUCAUCCUCCUUAUCGUCAUCCUAAUCGCUUCGAUCAUGGCCCUCGUGUCCAAAAACCCAGACAAUAAGUACCAAGUGAUGAAAGACGACGGUUCCUCCAUCAUGUCUCGCACACACAUGACAGAAUUAGAUGCUCUAGGUGCCGCAGCGCGAGGUUCCCCCGACCAAAACCAGAAGGAGAACCCCUUCGCUCAUAAUGAAGUUCCUCCAAACCAUGCCAACAGCCUCCAGCCGUCAGACCGGGCAUCCCCGAACCAUAUGACCGGGGCAAACCAUUCACCAUCGUCUCCACUUGACCCGUCCGUCCCUCUCUUCCCAUCCAGUGACACUCGCAGCGCAUCGCCCUACGAGUCUGGCCAUAAUAAUCUUAGUCCGUCUGAAUACAGCCACCCAGGUGCCUCACCGGUCGAUCGGGGAUACAACGUCUCGCCCAUUCGCACGCCAUCGCCACAUGCGUACAGGGCAGCCAACAAUGCCAGUCCGUGGCAACGGGGAGCCGGGUACGAACAUUAGCACCCUACUACGCGGUAUGGGAAGUAAUAUUAUUCCCCCUCACUAACCCCGUGUGCGCUUUCCCGUGAGGCACACCUAGCUCGGAGAAGAACUACAACAAUCGUAUAUGUAAAUGGCGAUAUGCAUGAUUGCCACUUGUACAAACUUUGUUUCUUCGCACUCGAUCUUAUCGACCCUUUAGAGGUAUAUAUAUAGCAUACCAGUAUACUACUGGCUAGACCACAGUACUUGGAGAUAUUGAUACGGGUUUAAUCAUGGACAUUUGGCCAGGCGUUAUGGUGUAUAUAGCAGGUAUUAUAGAGUUUCCACAAAGAUUAC